AUGAAUAGCACGAAUGGUAUAAAUGGCAAUGGAAACAAAAGCCACGCCACCAAGGGCCAUUCGAAGGAUGUAUUUCUAUUUGCUCUAAAUCGAACCUGUUCCCACGUCCUCUGUCGUCUCCUUUCAAAUCAGCCAGAAUGGCUUCACUCGGACUACCACUUCAAGCGAGCAUUCGACUUUGCGAGAGACUCGUUCAAUUGGGGACCAUUACACUCCGUAUCCGACCAGCAACGGCAAGGUUUUGAGAAGCUUCUUCAAGAAGGUUUUGACGAGAUCCAACAGGAACGGAUGUCUAUUAGCAGCCAGGGAAAAGCUACGUUUCUCAAGGAACACACCUUCUACAUAUGGGAGCCCUCCAAGCUGUCGCAAAGUAUGUGGGGUGGUCCUGCAAGCCCGUCUUUCACCGUACUUGAAAAGGGCGCUGCAUCAGGCUCAGCUUGCGAAAAGACAAAUCCGACCAUAUUCCCGGACAGUUUCAUAUCGUCUUGGAGGCCCAUCUUCCUGAUACGACAUCCCGCCAUGACUUUCGAAUCGUGGUACAGAGCGGAAAGCGGCGCUCGGGAUGUGGACCUUGCUGAUAAAUCAUGGGCAUUCUACACGACCUAUCAGUAUUCUAGGCAGAUGUACGACUGGUUCUUAUCUCAGGGCCCAGCACCAGGUUCCAAACCAAUUGUCAUUGAUGCAGACGAUAUCCUUGACAAAGGUCCAACGAUCAAAAGAUUGUGCGUCUUACUCGGCAUGGACGAGAACAGGGUUCUCUACGAUUGGGACACAAUCAAGGCACCAGAGGGUGCCGGGUGUCGCGAGCUAAAAUUCAUGAGUGGUUAUUGGAAUUCGACGUCAGUCGAUAGCUCCAAAAGCUCAAGGGGGUUGGAUAUAAAUGUUGCUCGGGCUCGAUGGGAAAAAGACUUCGGUACUAAGGCUGCAGAGCAACUCUGGCACAUUGUGGAAGACUCUAUGGAGGACUAUAACUACCUGAAGAGUAAGAAACUGUAG